AUGACAACUUCAAACCAUUUUGAGACUUUCAAUGUUCGAUUCACUGGAAAAAAUUAUUCUGCCUCGGAAUUUCAGUUUCAAUUACUUGUCACAGGGAAAGAAUUAUGGGGUCAUGUUGAUGGUAGUGAUCCAGCUCCUACAGAUUCGAAUGAGUUGCUUCAAUGGAACGUUAAAGAUGCUUGGUUAAUGACCUGGAUUUUAGGGUCUGUUGACCCUCUUAUUGUUCCUAAUCUAAGGCCAUAUAAGACUGCAAAAGCCAUGUGGGAUUACUUAAAAAAGGUUUACAAUCAAGGGAAAUCUCUCCAUCCAGGAAUAUUUUCUGGUUUUCAGAACUUAUGGGCAGAAUUUACUGACAUUGUUUAUGCUAAGAUACCUGCAGAAUCUCUUUCUGUAAUUCAGGAAAUUCAUAAGCAAAGCAAGAGAGAUCAAUUUCUAAUGAAAUUGAGAUCUGACUUUGAGACGAUUCGCUCAAUUUUAAUGAGUUGUGAUCCUUCACCCUCCUUAGAUGUUUGUUUUGGGGAAUUACUUCGUGAAGAGCAGCGUCUUCUCACACAAAGCACUUUCAAGCAAGAGAAUACUGUCACGGUUGCAUUUGCUGCUCAAGGAAAAGGGAAGGGUAGGGAUAUGAACAACAUAUAG